UUAAAAUAAAACCAACACUACUCUCUAUCCCUGCAUCUGCUUAUAAAUACAAGACCUCCUCCUCCUAUACGCUUGCCUCUCAUCGAUCGAUUAUCUUAUCAUCGAUUUAUAACUAACUAAGCGAUCAUGUUCAUCAAUUUCCUACAAAAAAAGUCGUCGUCGGUAUCGAACGCUAUGUCGAUUGUAGAGCUCAUGGUUCAUAUGGACUGCGAUGGUUGCCAACGUAGAGUUCAUCGAGCCAUUCGCAAGCUCAACGGGGUGCACAGUGUGGACAUUGACAUGGAUAAGCAAAAGGUGACGGUGACGGGGUACGUGGAGGAGAAGAAGGUGAUCAAGGCAGUGCGGCGGACGGGGAGGAAGGCGGAGUUCUGGCCGUACCCGUACGAUUCUGAGUAUUAUCCGUUCGCGCUGCAGUACUUGGAGGAUGAUUUCACCUUGAUGGGCAACCACAAUUACUAUCGCCACGGCCACACUUCCGCUGUGCACGGCUACUUUCCCGACCCGGCUCACUCCGUGCUUGUCGAUGACCAUGCCCUCGCCCUUUUCAACGACGAGAAUGUCCAUGCGUGUGUCGUCAUGUAAAUGAUAAAAUCAGUGAUGGUGCAUGUAUGAUGGAA